AUGAAGGGCGUUCAUCUGUCUUUGCAUAAAAGACAUAUUCCCCCCACGGAGGCGCCGAAACCACCAUCCAUUGGGAGGACGUCCGCCGAUCUUCCAGACAGUCUGAAGAAAUUGAAAUGGGAAUGGUGGGUUCGCCCUCGGCGCUUGUUCGAUAUCUGUGUGAUCAAUGUGGGCGGGAGCGCCAGUAACGCUGCCGUUAUUGCAUGGUUGAAGGAGGGUGGCAAGGUUCCUGCCCUUAAGAUCCGCUCGACUGUGCAGAUGGUCAAUGCUACCCUCAGCGACAUUUUGCCUCUCGCCGCCGUCCACAACUGA